UUAAUUCAUGCAUUGACUCAUUCCAUAUCUGGCUGUGAUGCUGCGUUUCCAAUGCAUGCACUACGCUGCAACCCAUCCACCCGUCGAUUAGAGCAAGGGGGAAGCGAUACAAAGAACAAAGGGAACAAGCCAACCUCUCACCUUCCUCUCUCCUCCCCCAUUUGUUUCCCCCUCUCCCUUCUUCUGCUUCAUGGGAGUGCAGGUGCACUUCUCUUGGCGCUGACAGAGAAAAUGAGACCCGCGACGGCCUCCCUCUCGCUGCUGCUGCUGCUGUUGCUGUUCUGCGGCGCAGAUGCUUACGAUCCGAUGGACCCCGACGGCAACAUCACGAUCAAGUGGGAUUUCAUGACCAACUCCGGGGACAUGUACAUGGUUUCGGUAAGCAUAUAUAAUUACCAGCUGUAUCGGCACAUCGAGAGACCUGGUUGGAGAUUAGGUUGGACAUGGCCUAAUGAUGAAGUGAUUUGGGAUAUGCGGGGAGCCGAAACUACCAAUCAAGGAAACUGCUCCAAGUUCAAGGGUGACAACAUCCCCCAUUGCUGCGAGAAGAGCCCCACCAUUGUGGAUUUGCUGCCAGGAACACCCUACAACAUGCAAACCAAGAACUGCUGCAGGGGAGGUGUGUUGUCUUCUCUCGCCCAGGACCGAACACUGGCCAUGGCCUCCUUCCAGAUGUCCAUGGAGUCUGCUAACAUCAGCAGUCCCGCCACCGGGAAGCCAUCAAACUUCACCCUCGGGAUACCUGGUUAUACUUGCAGCAAUGCCACGGUUGUGGCACCCAGCAAGUUCCAGUUCGACAAGCAACGUACCACCCAAGCACUGAUGACAUGGGAAAUCACCUGUUCCUUCUCCAAAUUCAGGGAAUCUGAAACGCCCAGCUGCUGCGUUUCUUUGUCGACGUUCUACAACAGUACCAUAGUCUCAUGCCCUCGUUGUAGCUGUGGGUGCCAAGGAGAACCGACAUUACCCACUUGCUCGAGGCAAGCUUCUCCCUUCCCUCCAUGAAUCUUCUCUGAAACACAUCACCUGUGUUCACGAUGUUGCAGGGAUGGCGAGAAAUCGAAUUUUCUGCAGUUGCCAAACGGCGAUGGUGGCUCGACGACAAGCCCGGCUGUCUUGUGCACGCCGCACAUGUGCCCCAUUCGCGUGCACUGGCACGUGAAGGAGAGCUACAGAGAGUACUGGCGAGUGAAGGUGACGAUCACCAACUUCAACAUGUACAGCAACUACAGCGACUGGAAUUUGGUGAUACAGCAUCCCAACUUUCGGAGCAUACUACAAAUCUUCAGCUUCAACUACCUGCCUCUCGUCCAGUAUGGCGAGAUCAAUGAUACCGCGAUGUUUUGGGGCAUCAAACAUUACAAUGACAUGUUGAUUCAGUGCGGCGAGAACGGGAAUGUGCAGACCGAGAUGCUGCUGCACAAAGACGCUGCAGACUUUACCUUCGGUGGAGGCUGGGCUUUCCCGAGGAGGCUAUCGUUCAAUGGACAUGAUUGUGUCAUGCCGCCGCCGGAUUCGUACCCGACGCUGCCCAACGGAAGCUCCACGUUGUCCUCUCUGGUUCAUUGUGUCUCCCUGGUUCUCUCGUCGUUCUUGUUGUCUGUAGUCUUGCUGCUCUUGUAAUCCCAUUUGAAUGGUUUUGGACUGCAGUAAUGGAAUUCUCAUGUGAAGUUUAGAGAUUGCAACG